UCAGGAGAAGGCGUCCAUGGAGCGCGAGAGGGUGCGGCUGCAGGAGCAGGUGCGCAAGGCGGACAGGGACUCGCACGCGUUGCGAGGGAGAAGUGGGCGAGUUGGAGGAGCAGUUGCAGGCGCAGGAGAGGGAGCUACAGGAAGCAACUUACCGCAUGGAAAAGGCUGUGCGCGAGAGGAGCGGAAAAGCGUGGAGAUUCAACGACGGUUGGGGGAGGAGUACCAAGCGGCCAUGGACGGACAGAACCGGCUGCAGGCAAUGCUGGAGGACCAAGGCAAGCGGGUAGAUGAGCUGACAGCGCUGCUGAGCCAGAAGGGGCUGGAGUGCAAGGAGUUUUCACAGAAGCUGAUCUCGGCUAAGGAAGAAGGGGCUGGAGUGCAAGGAGUUUUCACAAAAGCUGAUUUCGGCCACGGAAGGUGAGGGACAAGGGUGUAGACCUGGUAAAAGCACAGCACGGGUGGACGGGCUGACAGCGCUGCUGAGCCAGAAGGGGCUGGAGUGCAAGCAGUUUUCACAGAAGCUGAUCUCGGCCAAGGAAGGUGA